AUGCCGCGGGUGUGGAAGCCCGCGGCGGACGAUCAGCACAUCUUCGACGCCCUGCCAAUGCCGGAGGGGGACGUCUUCCUCAGCGACGACGAGCUCCUCAUGGAGAUGGACGGCGUGGCGACGCGCGCCGCGCUCAACGCGGCGCUCGGUCCCACCGCGAGGACAAGGGUGACCUUUGAUGCCGAGGGUCGGUACUGGCGGAAGUCGUACGAAAUUGAUAAGGAGCCGCGGUGCAUCUACUUCUUGCCAGCCGUGCAGAACCGCGCGCGCGCGCUCGAGGAGUACCCCGAUGGCGUCGAGCCGCCGUUCCCGCGACCAGAGGAGAAGUUCCAGUGCAAGAGGAAGCAGCCGCCCCGAGCGCCGCGCAAGCCGUCGAAGACGACGGCGCGGUCCGGCGAGAAGCGCCCGACGUCCGCGCGGCCUAGGAUGUACACGACGCCCGGCGAGAAGGUCACGCGCGUGGAUCCGGUUGAUGAUGCUGAGCUGCUCGUGCCGGACGAAGACGUGGUCGACCUCGACGAAGUCGCGCCAGUACCACGGCCCGUGACACGACGAGAUUUAAUGGCCCUAGAGCAGCGCGCCGAAGACGCGCUCGCGGCGUGCGACCGCGCGGAAGCCGCGCGCGCCGCGGCCGUCGCGGCCCACGCGGAGCUACGCGACAGACAGGACGCAGUCUUCGCGAGGAGCGCCACCGACUCGGCAAGACUUAUGCUUCUCUCUCUGGACCGCGAGGCGAACGCGCUCUCCGCGGAGAGAGCGGCACGACGGCGCGACGUUGAUCGCCUUAGAGCCAAAUUUUCACAAGAGAAAGAACUAUGGAAAAUAGACUGUGAGCGACGCGGCGGCGGCGGCUAGACGAGGAGCGGCGGCGAUUGGAGGAGGGGUUCCGGACAAACACGCGCGAGUUGCAGCGGCAACUCGACGCGCAGAGAACUGAAGUCGCCGAUUUGAAAAAGAAACAAAGCCAGCUCAACCUCGAGCUUUAUGGCCUUCGACGGCUUCGAGGCGCCUGGCUGGGUUCUCGUGUUGCGUAUUUACCGGAGGAGCCGCCGCCGGAUUCGGACUUCGAAGGCGAGUCGUUGUGGCCCGUGGUCCACGCCGUCGGCGACUUUCUCAGUAGAAUUUGUGGUGGUACGCUCAAAAGAAAGCAACAGAAGUGUCUGCGUCUCCUAGCCGACUACGCGUGGUGUCAACACUCUCGCGGGCGGGGGGAGAUUGGCCUCGUGCGAGCUCACUUUGCGUGCGCGGAGUACCGGCGCCUCCAGGAGAUUUUCUCUCCAGCCGAACUACUGAAGACCAUGGACGUGGAGAUGACGGGGAACUACGCUGCGAGCGAGGCCAUGCGGGCCAGAGAGCGGGCGGCUCUCGUUGCGCUCGGGGAGACGUUGGGCAAGCACGUGAUGCUGUUAUUCCCCACGAAGUUCGCGCUCCAGGAAACAGCCAAGCUGGUCGAGAGAGUUGCUGAUGGCCACAAGGUUUCGGUUACGGAAACGUCCGCGGGCGACGGCACUUACGAGGCGGUCGGCAUUGCGACGGGCGCGGUCCUCGACGUCAUCGGAAAGCAGUAUGGGCUCCUUGAGACUGGACGCAGUCCCGCGGAUCCGCGGAGGAUCAGAGGCACGCAAGACGGCAGCAACAUCACGAAAAGCGACGACUUUACGAUGCAAGGGAUCCACGUCAACGACAGCCGCGCGGUCGACCCGAUCACUGGCAAGCCUAUCACCGACUUCCAGUCGCCUGAUCGGGUUCAUAUUACUACGUUAGCCGUUGGCCACGAGAGCCAUGCCCUGUACGAAGCUUUAGACGACGUGACGGAUCACUUCAGUACAGCGGCGACGGCGCAAACCGAUGGUGUCUACCAGUCAGAGGCAGAGGGCCGCGCCGUUCACGUUGAUUACGUCUGCUCGGGCGACAUGGCCAACCUCCAGACGGUGUCGAAGAAGGGCUUCGCGACUGGGACGUCGGAGAACGCGCGGCCGUGUUAUUGUUGCGCGCAGACCAACAGGCAGAUGACGACGCCCAAGGUAGUUGACGACCUUUGCGACGUCUGCAGAGCAGCGGGUCGGUUAGUGUGCUACCACGCGGAGAUGUCGACGCCGGCUGCCGUAGACGAGUGGCGCGCUACGGCUGCCGCUGCGCUCACGGAGCUCAGAGGGGAGCUGCCCCCAGCCUACCGCUACAUGCGCGAGGCCAAGACUUUAAGUGCGGCGCAGCUGCGCGAGCUCGCCGCGGAGGCUGGGCUCGAUGCGGGCGGCACCUCGGCCCACUUGCACGCGCGCUUCGCUGCUUAUUGCGGUCAGCAUUGCUUGGAAUUGGAAAACCCCAACCAAAACGGGUUUUACGCAAAGUUCGACUGUCGAACUGCGACCCCAGCACAAAAAACGCAAUUUUCGCUGGUCGUGAACGAUUGUCUUGUUGAUUUCGGCCUGGCGGUGACGGGCAACCUCGGUUCGCGCGUCGAGAAGCUGACGCGCGCCUGA